AGGUCGCUGUAGGAAUUUUCACCACAUUUUGACUUAUUUUAGUGCUUAGUUCUGAACUUUCACGUUUAAUAAUCUGAAGGAAAAAAUUCGAUAUGGGGAAUCAUUGGUUUCUUUGUUAAAAUCGUUAGCUUACAGGCUUUAAAAGUGUUAAUUUCUGAUACUGCCUUUCGAAAUUGAGUUUCCAUUUGUAAGAAAUAUAAAACACUCGCCGCCCCCAAUGAUUGUUGAAGAUGUUUCUGCAGAGCACGAUAAGCCGUCCUCCAGUGAGGUGGGUGCGAAAAUUGGAGUAGUUAGUGCCACCUCCGAGCCGUACACCUUCUGUGUCUUUAGGGAGGAGUCCCAACUGAAUGUUAUCAAGAGCCUUAUCGAGAAGGAGCUGUCCGAACCCUACACCAUUUACACGUAUCGCUACUUCGCCUACAAUUGGCCAGAUCUCUGUGUUUUUGCUCUGGACAAGGAUCGCUAUGUGGGCGUGAUUGUGUGCAAGCUGGAGAUGCUGUGGCCAGAGGUUAAGCAGGGCUACAUAGCCAUGCUGGCGGUGGAUGUGGCGUACAGGAAGCGGGGAAUAGGGAAGGCUCUCGCUACCAUGGCCAUCGAGAUGAUGGCCGUGAAGGAUGCGACCAUUAUUGUCCUGGAAACGGAGAUAACCAACAAGGCGGCACUGGCUCUGUAUGAAAGUCUUGGCUUUAUCCGAGAACGACGGCUGAUGAACUAUUAUAUGAAUGGUAUGGAUGCCUUUCGUCUGAAGCUGGUGCUCCAAGGGUCCUUGAAAAUGCGCUCCACUGAAGAUUAGCAUUGUAAAAGCGCCCCAGCGUGCUGCUACUCGAGUAGCCCCGAAGUCCUGCAGGACUCCUC